AAAUCAUAAGAAUAGAGGAAUAUAUAAGAUUGGGCUUUGUGAUUAAGGUUCGGGUCUGGUGCCAGAUCAGGCCCAAAGAAAGCCCAAAAGGAAAAGACUGAAGCUCCAUUGAAAGCUGGAAGACCUCUCUCGCAUGGCAUCACUCUCCCAUGCUUGAUGCUUCCCUCUUCAAACUAACUCUAUGUAUCAUGUAUGUAUUCUUUUUCUUUUCUCAGCUACUCUUUCUUUCUUUCUGGGUCUUUCAGUUUCCAAGAAAAUUUCACUUGCGGAGUAGUAUUUCCAGAGUUGGAGAAUCAUGAAGGGCCAUGACCACAAGCUGCAGACAGAUUGGCAGCUGCAGCAGAUGCUCCAAUAUGGACAUAAUACUUAUGUAGCUUUCCAUUCAAGAUUUGGCUUCAAGAAAUUGAAGUAUCCCUUGUCAACAUUACUUGUUUUCGACCCAUCCCGUAAUGCAAUACCAGUUGCUUGGAUCAUUACAUCUUCUCUCGGCAGUCAAGAUAUCCACAAGUGGAUUGGGUUACUGGCUGAAAGAAUUCGAACCAAGGAUCCAAGAUGGAGACUCGAUGCCUUUUUUGUAGAUGAUCCUUCCGUUGAGAUUUCUAUAAUAAGAGAGGCUUUUCAAUGCCGGGUUUUAUUAUGCAUCUGGCAUGUUCGGCGUGCUUGGAUAAGAAGCCUUUUAAAGACAUGCAGAAACCUUGAUGUGCAGCGAGAGAUGUUUAAGUACUUAGGUUGGCUGUUGUAUUGUACAAGAAGUGGGCCAAAUGCUAUGGAUGCAGUUGAAGAGUUUCUGCAAGUAUUUGUUGAUCAAUGUGCUUUUAUGGAUUACUUUAAGAGGCGAUGGUUACCAAAUAUAGAGUUGUGGGUCAAUGGUAUAAGGUCUCUUCCUGUGGCCAGUCCAGAGCCGAAUGCUGCAGUUGAGUCCUAUCAUUUAAGGUUGAAAUCCAAGCUUUUCAAUGAGCAAUAUUCUAGCUUCUGGUCAAGAGUUGACUGGUUAAUCCACACACUUACAACUGAAUUCCAAUCAUCCUAUUGGUUGGACCAAUAUAGCGUAGAGACUGGGUGUUUUGAAAAUCUGAGGGACAGGUCUUUCUUAACCAAUUCUUGGUAUCAGGCUUUGCAGAUCCUAGAUGUUGAUGUCAUAAUUGAUGAGCAAAAUCUACAGUAUGCAAAAGUCAUCUCACAAUCAGACAGAAGCGUGGCGUACACGAUCUGGAACCCUGGUUCAGAAUUCUCUUUGUGUGAUUGCCCUUCGUCGAUGCUGGGGAAUCUCUGUAAGCAUAUCAUCAAGGUGGCAAUCUUGUGUAAAAGUCGGCAGGUUGCGAGACCUUUAUUGGCUGCCCAAGUUUAUAGCCAGGCUUUGCUUACCCUUCUACAAAAUCCCCCAGAUGAUCCUGUAGUUCUUGAUCAUGCUUAUUACAUGCAACUCGCUUGCAACAGGACAUCAAAGGCUUGGAAGAUUUAUCCAAUAGUGGGUUGCUCCAGUCGUUACCUUCAGAGAUUAACUCUCAUGUAGCAGACAGUAUAGUUUUCCCUCCUCUCCCUUGAUUAGGCCAUCCAAAGGAGAUUCUUAUAUGCCCAGGCUUUCACUGAGGAUGUUAAGCUAAUGUGCGUUAAUACUUGUACAGUCAGACUUCGCAUGGCAAACUUCUAAAUGCUUUGGCAUUCAAGUCUCUCUCUCUCUCUCUCUCUCUCUAUCUCAGCUGUGACACUGCGGAGUUUCCAAGAAAAUUUCACUUGCGGAGUAGUAUUUCCAGAGUUGGAGAAUCAUGAAGGGCCAUGACCACAAGAAAUUUGAUUGAGAAUUUUGGGUAGCUGCAGACAGAUUGGCAGCUGCAGCAGAUGCUCCAAUAUGGACAUAAUAGUUAUGUAGCUUUCCAUUCAAGAUUUGGCUUCAAGAAAUUGAAGUAUCCCUUGUCGACAUUACUUGUUUUCGACCCAUCCCGUAAUGCAAUACCAGUUGCUUGGAUCAUUACAUCUUCUCUCGGCAGUCAAGAUAUCCACAAGUGGAUUGGGUUACUGGCUGAAAGAAUUCGAAGCAAGGAUCCAAGAUGGAGACUUGAUGCCUUUUUUGUAGAUGAUCCUUCCAUUGAGAUUUCUAUAAUAAGGGUGGAAAACAAGCAGUGGAGUGGAGAGUGUUGCCAAUUUUGCAGCGUUUCCUUCCAUUAUCUGAACGUCGGUGGAAAUGGAAAGAAGCAUUGACGAUAUUAUUUGGUUAAAUUCUUAAAUUGGGAUUUGGGACUUUACUAGCUAUCUUUAUGUGUCUGGGCUGUGAUCCAAAAAUGCACGUAAGAUUGAGAUUUUGGCAACGUUGUCAAAAAAUGGGACACAUUGGCAACUGGCAAUUUACUUUCUUUCCAAGAAUACCUCUGGUCCAAUAAGUCCAAAGGUGACUUCAUAGGAAAUCUGGUGAUUGCUAAUCUGUCCCAAAUCACCAAGAAAAUAAGCAAUCUUUGAGAAGAUGGGAGAAAAUUAAAACCUGCGUUUUGUACUGGGUGUAAUCAAACUUCAAAUGCAGAUGCCAGAUGAUUGAGAGGGUUCGGCGAGUGUGAAUAAAAUUACGAGGCAAUGCAAAGUGAGGUGAGGCAUUGUAUGUUAUAUAAAUGAUUUGAUGAUUAUACUAACUACGCGUGAAUCUCUGGCUCUGGACAAUUUAACAAUUUGUAUGGUUCGAGGCGAUGAACACUUCAACCAGCGA